AAAUGUAAACAAGAUUAGUGUACGCUAUCGAACGACCUUGUUAAUUUCGAUCAGUUGGCUUCGUCCUCGUCUCGUCUUAUAUUUACCUAAACGAUGACGUGGUUGGUGCUAGUGUUAAUUUUUGGGCUAUUAGCUCUAAUACCAGGAAGUUUUUGCAGAGGCUUAAAUGAAGAAUUUACUUGGACUCGAAUAAGUUACGCGGCCUCAAUUCGCUUAGCCGAAAGCUACAUUUACGAGAAUAACAUACCAAUGAGUGCCAAUAGAUGGCGUAAUAAAUUAUUUGUAACUGUCCCGCGAAGAAGACCAGGUAUACCAUCAACACUUAAUUUUAUCUGGACCAACACAUCACAGAAACACAAUGUUCCGUUGAUAUCAUAUCCGAAUUUUGCUAUAAAUCAGUUACCAACAGGUGACAGCGAUGGUUUCGUAUCAAUAUAUAGAACUGCAGUUGAUCCUUGUAAUAGGUUGUGGAUGGUGGAUACUGGCACCCUCGAGUAUCCAGGUAACGUGAAUCGUCUGCAACAACCAGCAGUUGUGAUAAUUGAUUUGCUUACCGAUCAAAUCAUCCGACGAUAUGAGUUAAGGCCGUUAGAUAUAACAAAUCGAACAAGUUUAGCGACUAUGGUAGUUGAUGUGACACCUGCAACAUGCAAUAGUGCCUACGCAUAUAUGCCAGAUCUUAGUGGAUUUGGUGUAGUGGUGUACAGUUUCCAAGAAAACAGGUCAUGGAGAGUGUCACAUAACUACUUCUCUCCAGAUGCACAAGCAAAAGAUUUUACCAUUGGGAAUGUCAACUUUCAGUUGAACGAUGGAAUUUUUAGCCUUAGUUUAUCGGAUGUGAAACCCGAUGGACAUAGAAACGCUUACUUCCAUUCACUGGCUGGAACACAUACCUAUAGCGUAUCAACGCACAUUUUAAAAAAUAGGAGAUUGGCAACUAGAAUGGAUCAUGGCAAUGAUUUCAUGGUCGAGGUUAACCGCGGGCAACAAACUCAAGCCUCCGCCUCCGACUUACACAGGACGUCUGGCAUAUUGUUUUUGGGACUUGUUAAUCAAAACGCACUUGCUUGUUGGAAUAGCUUUACUCCUGCAACGCCAGACAAUUUUGAUAUCAUUUACAAGGAUGAUCAAAAAUUCCAGUAUCCGUGUGAUGUAAAAAUAUCUGGUGAUGACGUAAUAGUCAUAACUAAUGCCAUGCCAGUAUUCCUAUUCGGAAAAUUGAAUUACAACGAAAUUAACUUUAGAAUAUGGAUCCGAAAUGUUUAUGAAGCGAUUAGGGACACAAAAUGCGCCAUGAGGCCUUUUUAAAUGAGAAACAAAUUUUGUAAGAACCUUAUUGUAGUAACCUUUAUUAUUUGCUCUAUUAUAUGUCAUUAUUACGAUGUUUAAGUUAUGUCAUAACGGGUACCUUAAUAACUUUGUUAGCUUAAAUUGGCAUACUAUACAUAUACAUGUGUAGUUCUCUGACAAUUUUGUUGAACAAGGUACGGAAGGCAUACGAUGAGUGUAACAUGUAUCCUUCAAAGCUGUUCUAAAGAAGGUUUCGUCUAUUGGGGACACAUUAGGGAGAAAUACAUGUAUCAGAAAAUA